AUGGAAACGGAAAAUUUGGAAAAAAAUGGGACAAAUAUUACUGUUGAUAGAUAUAUUAGUGCAUUAUAUAAUCUUACGCAGGAAGAUAGCAACUGGAUCGUCACGAGCUCUUUUAUGAUUUUUACAAUGCAAACAGGUUUCGGAAUGUUAGAGUCCGGCUGUGUGUCUGUGAAAAAUGAAGUCAAUAUUAUGAUGAAGAAUGUAGUCGAUAUAAUUCUUGGUGGUCUGUCUUACUGGAUGUUUGGAUUUGGAUUUAGCUUCGGCUUGAGCGAACCCAACAACCCUCUAAUCGGUAUCGGAGGUAUAUUCGUAGAUCCACCCGUUGACGACGAGUACAUGGGUGCCAUUUGCGCUGCGUUUAUAUUUCAAUUGAGCUUUGCCACCACUUCUACGACCAUCGUUAGUGGUGCUAUGGCAGAACGAUGUAAUUUUAAGGCGUACUGUCUCUUUUCAUUUGUGAACACUAUCGUGUACUGCGUGCCAGCCGGAUGGGUUUGGGGCGAUCACGGUUUUCUGAAUCGUAUGGGAGUCGUUGAUAUUGCUGGCUCAGGCCCGGUGCAUCUUGUCGGUGGUAUUUCAGCUCUCGCUUGCGCUAUUAUGCUCGGUCCCAGAAUAGGCAGAUACGACAACGGCAUCGAACCUCUGCCACUCGGAUGUCCAGUCAAUGCUAUUAUGGGAUUAUUCGUACUAUGGUGGGGCUGGUUAGCAUUCAAUAGCGGUAGUACUUAUGGGGUGACCGGUGAACGGUGGCAAUUCGCUGCUCGAGCAGCUGUCUGCACUAUGAUUGCCAGUAUGGGAGGUGGUCUGGUCGGUUUGGGAUUCAGUUUAACUAAUCCAAAUGGAAUUGAUAUCAUUAGCCAGAUAAAUGGUGUUCUUGGCGCACUGGUGGCAGUCACUGGUGGGUGUUUCCUGUACAGAGGCUGGGAGGCGAUGGUAGUUGGGCUGAUAGGUGGUUUUAUCACGUGUAUUUCAAUGCCAGCGUUAGACAGAAUGCACGUAGACGAUCCUGUUGGUGCAGCCGCCACUCAUGGCGCAAGUGGUAUCUGGGGAGUUAUCGCCAUCGGUUUGUUCGCUGAUGAUCCAUAUCCUCUUGAUACCACAAGUGGAAGAAAGGGAUUAUUUAAAGGAGGCGGCUGGUAUCUGUUAGCGGUGCAAAGCCUAUCUGCGCUUUGCUUGGCGGCUUGGAGUUUUACCACCUCUGUCAUAUUGCUAUGGAUUAUAGAUAAAAUAAUACCGAUCCGAAUGCCAAUUCAUGAAGAGGUACUCGGAGCAGAUCUUGUAGAGCACAGAAUACGUCAUUCAAAGAUAGGUAUAAGUCGUGCUAUGUCAGCUCUUCGACCGUUUACUAUGGAAAAAGAACUCAAGAACGUACCCACCGUAGGCCAGAAUCCUGGUCACGAUACAUAUAUUGAACAGUGUGAACAGAAGAAAAAGAAAGUGACGAAGUUCCCGCAAUUUGAGAAACGUCAAUCGUCAAAAAAACUGAUGACAAAGAAUUCCCAGGUCAGGACGAUCGCGGACUCGACAAUAACUGCGGAAGCGAAACCACAGUUUGCUUGGGUAGAUUAGAUUUAAAAAAAAAAUAAAAAUAAAUCCACGACAAGACUUGUGUACUUCGUCAAAGAUGUAAAUUUAUUACAAAUGUAUAAACAUAGAUACGUGCACAUUCUAAUUUCGUCACAAUGUAAUACGUCCGAAUAUUAUGUGUGUGCGUGUGUGUGCUUGCGAGAGACACACGUUUCUUAAUAAAUACUCGAAAUUUUUACGCAUUCAUACAUAUAAAUAUUGAUCGCGGACACACAUGCACGCACACAUAACACGAAGAUAAAUGGACAUGAUAAAUGGAUCACAGACAAACUGAAUUUUAACACAAUGCUUAGCCAAUGGCACAAAUAUGGUUUCAGUCGAAUAAAAUAUCUAAUCAUCCAUGACAUUUGAUAAGAUGAUGCGU